UAAUCAAUGAAUUUUCGGAUUAUAAAUAAGAUCAAAGACCAAAGCGGGCACAGAAUCUUACCUAUGGAUACUUCACAUAAAGACGCCACUCCCUCCUCAUCUUCUACUUCUUGUUUCUCUCAGUUUUGCUCAUCAGCGCUUAGAGCCAAAACCCUCAAACCCUCCGCCGAUGCUUCUGGCGAUGGCCUUAUCCGCAGACUCAGCGUCUUCGAUCUCCUCCUACUCGGCGUCGGCGCAUCUAUCGGUGCUGGUAUAUUCGUUGUUACCGGAACCGUGGCUCGCGAUGCCGGUCCUGGAGUGACUAUUAGUUUCAUACUCGCGGGAGCAUCUUGUGUGUUGAACGCGCUGUGCUAUGCUGAGUUAGCGUCACGGUUCCCCGCCGUGGUCGGAGGCGCGUACUUGUACGCGUAUACGGCCUUCAAUGAAAUUACUGCUUUUCUUGUGUUUAUGCAAUUGAUGUUGGAUUAUCAUAUUGGGGCUGCUAGUAUUGCGCGGAGCUUAGCGAGCUACGUGGCUACCAUCUUCGAGCUCAUCCCUGCUUUGAAAGGAAAGAUACCUCCCUGGGUUGGUCAUGGUGGUCAGGAAUUAUUUGGAGGAACAUUGUCUAUCAAUAUUCUGGCUCCGAUUCUUCUUGCCCUUUUGACUAUAAUUCUCUGUCAGGGUGUUAAGGAGUCUUCUGCUGUUAAUUCUUUCAUGACUACAACCAAGGUUGUCAUUGUUAUUUUUGUCAUCAUUGUCGGAUCUUUCAAAGUUGAUGUAGAUAAUUGGUCUCCUUUUGCUCCCAAUGGUUUUAAAGAAAUAUUGACGGGUGCUACUGUGGUAUUCUUUGCAUACGUCGGAUUUGAUGCGGUUGCUAAUUCUGCUGAAGAAUCAAAGAGACCUCAGCGGGAUUUACCGAUAGGAAUAUUGGGAAGUCUGCUUGUAUGUAUUAUUUUAUACAUUGCUGUUUGCUUGGUGAUCACUGGGAUGGUACCAUACAACAUGCUGGGAGAAGAUGCUCCUUUAGCUGAAGCUUUUACAUCCAAGGGUUUGAAAUAUGUUUCUAUUUUAAUCAGCAUUGGAGCUGUUGCUGGGCUUACGACAACCCUUCUAGUUGGUCUAUAUGUUCAGUCUCGAUUAUAUCUUGGGCUUGGAAGGGAUGGUUUACUGCCUUCAAUAUUUGCUAAAGUGCAUCCGAAACGUCACACACCUGUUCAUUCUCAAGUCUGGGUUGGUAUUAUUGCUGCUGUUUUGGGAGGGCUAUUUAAUGUGCAUAUCCUAUCACACAUUCUUUCAGUUGGCUCACUGACUGGCUAUUCUGUUGUUGCUGCAUGUGUUGUGACUCUUCGCUGGAAGAAGAGGACAGAAAAUCAAGAUUCUUCAAAAUGCAUGGCAACCUGGUGUGAAGGUGUCAUAUGGAUUGCCAUACUGGCAUGCUGUGGUUUUGCUACUGGAGUUCUUUAUCGUGUCGGUGCUUCCUUUAUUUAUAUGAUUGUUGCAUUGGUGAUAGCCAUAUUGGCUUGUGCUGCUCUUUAUUGCCGUCAGGAUUAUUCAGAAGCUCCGGGGUUUUCCUGUCCAUGGGUUCCUAUUGUGCCCUCUGUUUGCAUCUUUUUCAACAUCUUCCUGUUUGCACAGUUGCACUAUGAAGCAUGGAUUAGAUUCGUCAUCCUCAGCUUAAUAUCUGUUGCUAUUUAUGCAUUUUACGGACAGUAUCAUGCAAAUCCAAGUUCAGACGAGACAAUCAUUUAUCAUAUGGCACCUGCAGAAGAUACGCAUUAGGCACCUGUGAUCCUUGGUAGGGCUUGUAGUUUAUCUUUCUUUUAUGCCAGUGCCUGCAUAUAAAUCUAUUUGUGCUAGUCGAUAGAGAAUUAUAUUAGACAUUGUUGGCAUCUUUGCAGUCUAAUAAAUAGAGAAUAUGUAUC